UUGCCCCAGCACACAAAGACGGUGGCAUGAAGCUCGACACGAACGCGGACGAGUGGCUGCUCUCCGUGGCUUCGCUCCUCGCGCCCGACAGUCUCUCGGUCAACCCGAACGAGCUAGAGACAUCGCCCAAAGAGCAACGCGAAGCCGCGGCCUUGGCCGCCAAGAAGACGCUGCCGGGCGACAUCAUCGUCGUGACGACCAACGGCGUCGCGUACUCGUCCGUGCGCCACGUCUGCGACCAGCCCCACGACCACGCGCUCAUUGUCGUGAGCGAGACCGAAGCUCUGCACGUGGGCCCGCCCAAGGCCAUUUUGAUCCCACUCGAGCGCGUGCUUCUGCCCAAGCGGCAGCCGGCAAUCUUCCGCGUGCCGUCCAUUGGCGCGUCCCCCGAGGCCCAAGCGCUCGUGGCGAAGUACGCUCGGCAGUUUGUCGGGACACCAUACAACGUUGCACGCGUCCUGCAGCUCAUCACGUCGCUCGCCACACACAACGCCGUCAAGGUGAUGCCCUUCCAGAAGCUACCGACGCCCCACGAGGCGUGGAUCUGCACGGAUGCGAUUCUCGCGCUUCUCGCCGCCGCAUCUCCGACCUUUCAGGACCAGCUCAAGAAGGCAGCGCCUCGCCUAGAGUUUGCCAAGCUGGGGAGCGCAACGCUCAACGACAUCCUGUCGCUCAAGCACCUCGGCAUCACGGAGCGCGUGUACCUUCCACCGACGACGUUUACCGUGCAGCCAUCGUCGCAGAUGGACGUCCAAGUGUUGAUCCAGUCCGCGUACACGCAGUGGCAAGCGCUGCCCGAUGUGGACACGCUUCAAAUGUAUAUGGACGCCGGCAUUGCGUACCUCGCGCAUCGGCUGGCGCAACAAAAGCCGCGGGACUUUGAACGGCAGCUGCGGUCGCUCGGGUACAUUCUCGUGCUGCUCGCUCUCUUGAAGGGCCACUCGUUCUUUCUGCUGCUUCUGCGCCGCUACCUCCAAGCCAUGCUACUCAAGCAAGUGGCGGCCCACGUGUUGCGCGCCAAACUUUAAGACACUCCAAGACGCGCAUCAUGGCAUCAAAACGACAUGGAAACGAUCAAAGUAUCAAUCUUUCAAAAGUUAAAUUUGAAGGUCGGCGCGUCCGCAGUACUAC